UGAGAAUCAAAACAAAGAAGACAUCGUGGUUGUCACUGUUUGUCAAAAGUGGUGUGCUGGAUUUAGAAAAAAACACAUUUGCUUCAAGAGGAAUUGUAAAGGCAGAAGAACAAGGUUUUGAAGUUCGGGUAAAUCUUCAGGAUUCCUGUAAAAAAACAAACGACAUUAAUCAAUGCAAGCUCAAGAGUGACAUUUGGACAUUUGAUUGAUGCUGCGCACCACAUCAGGUCAAACAUGGGUCGGUUCCUCAGCACCAACUUGUAUUCAAGUUCUGUGAAUAAGACUUUGAGAUCAUACUGCAAAAUUAGGUACCUAAUGAGCCUUCUCAGAAAGCACCAUUGUCUUGCUAGAACACCGCUCGGCCUUGACCUUCACAGAUAUUCACUGCUGACACAUCCUCAUCCAUCCGGAUUCACAAAAAGAACUACUUUAAGAAAUCUUAUCCACACUGAUACAAGUUCUGCCUCUAACAACUUGCUCAGAGAUUUUACCAAAGAACUGAAUCAUCUCCAGGUUGUGCGUUUUUACUCGUCUUCUAAUAGGAAUACAUUUAAACCUGAAGCUCCAAUUGGAAUCCUGGAAGAGACUCAGAAAAGUUUUCUUUUGAGUCCACUGGGAGGACGUUUUGGUCAAUCAUUUAAAAGAUUGUCCAGACACAUUAAUGUUUAUUUUAAGCGAAAGGAUGUUGCACCUUUGGCUGAAAAUGACAGCCUUGUUGUCAUUACUCCAGAACAUCUUGGUAGAUCACAGAGGCGUAGUAUGAGUCAACGGCCAGCCAGAGAGCGAAAUGUAUCGGAGUGCAAAGACACAACGCAGCCUAUAAAAAGCAACGACACACAGGAGAGCUUAGGAACAAGUCCUUCAACACAGGACUACUCUGGUCUACAACUAUUUCAUAUCAGCUCUUUGGCAACAACAUUUGGUGAGAGCUACAGUUACGUUGCUAGACACAUUAACUCAGUCUUUCCAGCAAAAGCUCAAAUGCAGGACAAUUUGGAAACCAUGUCUUCACCAAGAAGCAUAAACAGGAGGCUGAAAAAGAGACAAAUGCAAAACCCUUCCAUCAUAGAGUAUAAGGAACCUGAAAUUUCUCAAGUCAAAUCAGGUGCUAAUCAGGCAACAGUGGAACGAACCAAUAUCUCCAGCAGCUGGGAGGAGAGCUACCAACACUAUGCAAGACACAUCAAUACUUAUUUUGGGGCCAAGGUUACCGGAAAACAAGCUCAUGAUCUAUAUAGGAAAGAACACAUUUCUGUGAAGCAGAAGGAGCUAGAGCCAUUUUCAACACGGUCUACCUCACAAACUCAAGGUGCAAUAUUAGAACUUGAGCCAGACGAACCUGCCAUCGAUGAAACUGGAGGCCUUUUCCACAGCAGCAGUAAUACCACCAACUUUGGGGAGAAUUAUUCCCAAACAGGCAGAUAUAUCAAUCAGUUUUUCUUUGGUCAAAGUAGAAGGGGCGAGGAUGAGGUAAUUGAAAGUCAUCUCAUAACGUCAUUGGACUCUGGAUCUGCUGCAUCUGAAAGACCAAAGACUGUUUCCUUUAUGGACUACCUUCGACAUCCCACAAGUGCCAUCCCUGACUUGCUGGGUUCUUUGACCCAGACUCGUAAACCCAGACCUGCUAUGACUACACCACAGGCAAUGAUGGAUCAAAAGUUUGUCCUGAGUCGGAGGCACGCGGAGGAAAUGACCCGAGGGUUGAUUGGCACUCUGUCCCAGGCUUCAUCUCCACAAGAUCUUGCUGCUUGCUUGGCCACAGUGAAUGAACACCUCAUCCGUUACCCAUCAUGCAAAGCUGUAAUGUGGCAGGAGAAAACUGCAGUCACAUUGUUGAGAAAGAGACGGACCUUCGGAGAUAAUGAAGAGCUGCAGAGCGCCUUGAGAGAAAGUAUGGCGCUAAUCGGUUACAUGGAUCCAGUCAAAGGUCGUGGCAUCAGAGUGCUCUCAAUUGAUGGUGGUGGCACAAGAGGUGUGGUUCCUUUGCAGGUAUUAAAGAUACUGGAGGCUGAGACGGGCAGGAAGAUCCACGAGCUGUUUGACUACAUCUGUGGAGUGAGCACAGGUGCUGUUCUGGCCUUCAUGCUGGGUCUGGCUCAUUUUUCUCUGGAGGAGUGUGCUGAAAUGUACCGACGUUUUGGCUCUGAAGUGUUUAGUCAGAACCCGCUUGUUGGCACCGUGAAGAUGGGCUGGAGUCACUCUUAUUACAACACAGAGACCUGGGAGAAAAUACUACGAGAAAAGAUGGGAAAUAGAAUACUUAUCCAAACAGCCAGAGAUGAGCUGAGUCCCAAGGUUUCAGCAGUCAGUGCAGUGGUAAACUGGGGUACCAGUCCAAAGGCCUUCAUCUUCCGCAACUACAAUCACAAACCAGGCUCUCUCAGCCGCUAUGCAGGAGGCUCAGCCUGCCAGAUGUGGGAGGCAGUGCGAGCUUCAUCAGCUGCCCCAGGAUACUUCCAGGAGUUUGCUUUACAAAGUGACAUUCACCAGGAUGGAGGAAUUAUCCUGAACAAUCCCUGUGCCUUGGCUGUCCAUGAGAGUCGUCUAUUGUGGCCCAACCAGCCUUUCCAGUGUGUGCUGUCCCUUGGCACCGGCCGCUUUGAUAAUGUCAAGAGGGGACCUGCCACCUCCACCAGCCUGAGGGCUAAAAUCAGCAACCUGAUCAGCAGUGCUACUGACACUGAAGGGGUCCACACCCUUUUGGACGAUCUACUAGCUCCAGACGUGUACUUCCGCUUCAACCCCAUGUUGAGUGCUAUGGUGUCCCUGGAUGAGAGCCGGCCUCAAGCCUUGGACCAGCUGCAGAUAGACACCCAUAACUACCUGGAGAGAAACCGGCCCAAACUGGCCCGACUCUGUUUGGUGCUCGGGGCGGAGCGUUCAGCUGUUAGCAAAACUAAGGACUGGAUGAAUGAGAGAGCCUGGGAGAUGAAGCAGAGAUGGGUGUGAGUAGGUACAGUAUGAGGCAUGUCUACACAGAGAUGCGUAAUGUAAGCACAGAUGGACACACAAACAGGCUGUGGUCACACGAGGAACGCCUUAAAGACUGAUUCAAUUUGAUAUGUGUUCAAGACCACAUACCAAAGUUCAAGGACAGCAAUGUCAGUCUGCAACUUUGUUCACCAGGUCUGAUUUACAGGUAUUUCAACAUCAUUUUCAAUAUUGUACAAAUAUUCAUGGUUUCUAGAAGAUUAUUUGUUUUUCUUUUUGAGCAACCAUUAGGUGAUAAUGAGUGAAAUGCACUGAAACUAGGUGCAGACUAAAUGGCAACGUCCAGCCUGGAAAGUAAAGACAUUGCAGACAAGUGCCUUACACCUGCAUUCUUUCUAAUGGCCAGCAGGGGGGGGGGCUGUGUUGUAAAAGCAGUCUGGUUAUGUAGAAGUCUAUGAGAACUGACUUGAUUUAUUACCUCAGCAAAGAUUUUCACGUCUACACAUUUCUUAAGUGUAAAUGAAACCGCAGUCAUAUCUUGAAGCCUCAACUUUAUUUUAUUUGGUUUCAUAUGCUCAAGAAAUUGUGUGUUGGUAUCUCAGCAUUGCAAAAGGUUUUUCUGUCUUGUGCAUUUGUUGUUAAACUUUUAACAUAUUCUGACCUCACAAUUACAAAGCCAGCUAUUUAGACAUAUUUUAUGAAGGGAAGAUCUACUUAUCAUAUAAAUUUACUGAUGGCAAAUCAAUGUGAACAAUUGAGAACAUACCUCACUUAAAUAUAGCAUGUUGUUGAUAACUUCUUGACCUACAGAACAAACACGAACAAUCAUGAAAUACAAAUAUGUACUUUUAACAAAGGUCUAUGUAACAUGCACAUGUGAAAUAAUUCAAUAUCCCAUUAUUUAUUGUGCACUUAUCAGUGUUGUUGAAUGUAAUAUCAGCUAUAAACUAUACAUCACUGCUUUAUGUAAUUGUGCUUUUGGCAUACAGUAUGAGUAUUUAUUUAUAAUAAAUUAAUAUUUAUGGAGA